AUGAGACGUAGAUCAUCUGAACGACCUGAUUCUGCUAAUUCAAUUCGUCGAAGUACACGACAACGUUUACAUAAUCCAUCAAAUCGUCGUGUUUAUACAGUAGAAAAUGGUUUAGAUGCAAAAGAGUCUGUUUCAACAAUAGAUUCAUCCAAUCCACGAACUACACAAGAAACUCAUAUAAGACCAUCAUCAGAAACUAAUGGUCAUAAUCAACAAAUUUCUGCUACGAGUCCACUAAGACAUUUAGUCAUUAAAAACACACAUGAAGCUGUUCAAGUUCGUAUUCGUUGUAUAUUUUUACGUGUCGGUGAAAUCGAUACAUUAAAUGAACGAUAUUAUGCCGAGAUUUUACUUCAAGCAUCAUGGGAAGAUUUAUCACUUAAAAGUCUACCAAAUCAAUUAUUUGAUCCAAUUAUACAUUGGACGCCACAACUUGAAUUAAUGAAUGGUAUUGGUGAUUUAAAAGAUGAAAUCGUAUAUACUGCUCGUUUUAAUGAACAAGGUAUAGCUACAAUUACUGAACAUCAUAAAUUAAAAGGUACAUUAUGGGAACGUAUGGAAUUGGAAUAUUUUCCUUUGGAUACACAAAAUUUAUCUAUUAUAAUAACAACAUCACGCACAAGUAAAGAAGUAAUAUUUGUUAAAAAUGUAAGCAAACCAUCGGGUGUUAAUCGACGUGUAUUUACUGAUGAACAAGAAUGGGAUUUAUUUGAACAUGUUGCUAUUGAAAUAUCAGAACAAAUUGAUGAAUAUAUUGAUGAUGGACAUAAUCAUCCUGUUGUUGUUUGUUCAUGUCAUGCAGCACGAAAAUAUGGUUAUUUUAUGUGGAAUGCAUAUUUUCUUAUUUUUCUCAUAACAUCAGCUAGUUUUACAACAUUUCCAAUUCCAUUAGCAAACAUCCAAGGACGUAUACAAAUUGCCUGCACACUACUUUUAACUUCGAUUACAUUUCGGUGGUUAUGCAAUAAAGCUUUACCUACAAUAUCUUAUUUAACAGCAGUUGAUAUAUAUGCUAUAGGAAGUAUAGCUUCACUUUGUCUUCUUAAUAUUUAUCAUGGUGUAAUUGGAUAUGUUAAUUAUUAUCUUUCAACAAAUUUGCCAGAUUCAACAGGUGCUGCAACAAACGUAUCAUAUAUAAUUAUUAUCGAUCGUUGGGCACUUGUUGUUUAUACAAUAUUAUUUUUUAUUUAUCAAAUUUGUACAUUUAUUUGGAUGUAUUUAGUACCAUUGAGAAAACGACGAAUAUUAUAUAAAAAAGAUGAAGAAUAUCGUCUAACUCUUACAUCAAGUUAUCAAAAUCCCAAAGCGACAUUUGUUGAUGUAUUAAGACGAGUACAUUCAUCGUUGAGGAAUGAACAUCAUGAAUUAUCCAUGGUAACACAUGCAAAGCCUUAA